AAAUUCAUUUCCCUCCCUGUCACUUCCCUGCUGCACUCUGUCUCUCUCUCACACACACACACGCACCUCUUCACUCUCUCUCAUCGAAGGUUUUGCAUUAAAGCCCUACUCCACUCCAGUCAUUUUCUCUAUGCUUUUCUCAUUCUAGAGUUGUAGAAAACCACUCUCACUCCUCACCACCAUGGAUUCAUAUGAAGCAACAAAGAUAGUCUUCUCAAGGAUACAAAGUUUAGAUCCAGAAAACGCCUCAAAAAUCAUGGGUUACAUAUUCAUACAAGACCCUGGAGAGAAAGAGAUGAUUCGCUUAGCCUUUGGACCAGAGUCUCUCCUGAUAUCUCUCAUCAAUCAAGCCAAAACCCACUUGGGAAUUUCAUCGAACACUUCAUCUACACCCUCCACACCUUCCUCUCCUUCGCCUUUCAACAACCCCAUGUCGAACCCCAACAACAACAGACCCACUCACCAAUUGCCUCAUUCUUCGCCUCGAGUCAUCGUCCCCAACAAUGGGUUUCACAUCAACCCCCCUUCGCCUUCUUCGCCGUGGUCUGUUUCUGGGUUUUCCGAUCACCGAAGCCCCAGCAAUCAGAUGAGUCCCAGACCUCCUUCUUCUCUCUCCUACGCUGCUGUUGUCAAUGGAACCAGUAAUGGCGGUUCUGGUUCGUUUUCACUACCACCGUUUUAUAGUAACAGUAAUAGUAGCGAUUUGAACGAUGAGUUCAACAUUCAAGUGCGAGAUCAACUAGAUUUUGUUGUUGAUCCGAUAAUGAGUCCGAGUGGUCGGAGCGAUUCGAUUCUCUUCCCUUAUGCGAACACCGUUGAUUCUGCUAAUUGCGGUAACAACCACCAGCACCACCAUAGGAGGAGUUGUUCAGUGAGUGAUAUGUUUCUUAGUGGGUCUGAAGAUGGAGGAUCUGGUUUUGGGUGGAGACCCUGUAUGUAUUUUGCUAGGGGUUUUUGCAAGAAUGGCAACAAUUGCAAGUUUUUACAUACUGGGUUUUCAGAUUCUACUGAUUCUUCACCUGCCAUUGUUGGUUCGCCGAGCAAGUUUGAUGGGUUUGAUGAGUUAUUGACAAUGAAGGCAAUUCAGCAGCAGAGAUUUGCUGCGGCUUCACAGUUUAUGUCUGGAGGUUCUUUCCCUUAUGACAAAUGCAUGAACAUUAUGAAUAACUCACCAAGAUCUGCGGCAGCGACAUUGAUGAUUGGGGAUGAAUAUCUCAAGUUUGGUCGCUGCCGACCGGAAAGGAAUGAUUUUUCAGCUAUAGGAUUCGGAGGAAAUGCGAAUUCUUGUUCUAGACAGAUUUAUUUGACAUUUCCAGCUGAUAGUACAUUUAGGGAAGAGGAUGUUGCCAAUUACUUUAGCAAGUUUGGACCAGUGCAAGAUGUGAGGAUUCCAUACCAGCAGAAGCGAAUGUUUGGGUUCGUUACAUUCAUUUACCCGGAGACUGUGAAGAUCAUUUUGGCCAAAGGGAACCCUCAUUUCGUUUGUGAUUCAUGUGUGCUCGUUAAGCCGUACAAGGAGAAAGGAAAAAUCCUUUGGAAGCAACAGCACCAUCAGUUGGAGAGAGGAGAAUUUUCAUCGUGUUUAAGCCCGUCUGGGAUUGACUCUGGAGGGCCCUACGAUCUCCCCAUUGGACCAAGUAUGUUUUACAAUACUCCAGAGAUAAUGUUGAGAAGGAAAUUAGAGGAACAGGCUGAAUUGCAGCAAGCUAUUGAGCUCCACGAAAGAAGACUUAUGAAUUUGCAACUUAUGGACUUGAAGAAUCAUCAUCAGAGUCAUCAAUUCCAGACGAACAUGGUGCCUAACGUUCCCAUUGCCUCUCCUGCUCACCUUCAUAUUAAUCAGAGUCUAGUGUUUCGAUCUGAUGGUGUUAAUCAGGAAGCCUCAGAAGAGAAUUAUAGUAGCCCAGCUGCAUCCAAUUCUCUAACUGUUGCCACUGAACGGCAGCAGCAACAUCAACAGCAAGACGCAAAAGAAGCUUGUAAUAACAGCAAUGCCCGUGACAGUGGCGACAGCAAGGAGCAAUUCUCCAACCUUGAAGAUGCUGAUCUCCAUGAAAGUUUAGAGCACAUCCUCCCUGAUAACCUCUUUGCUUCUCCUAUAAAAUCGGCCGGUGAACACUAUAUUUUCUCCACUGCUUCACCAGAAGCCGAUGAUAGCACCUUAGUAACAACUACAUCAUCUAACAACAUCCCAAUGCUGCCCACCACUUCCACCCUCAAUAUGGCUUCUCUGUUAUCAUGUUCUUUCCAAAUGCCAAGGUACCACUGCUUCUGCUGGUGCUGCUGCUGCUGCUCUCUCUCUCUCUCUGACUAGAGUGAGUGAAGUUAAUUCAAAUUAGUAUUGUUGUUUACAAGGUUUUCUUCUGGGCAAGAAGCCAUUGAAAUGUAGGUGAUGGGGGUGACCAUGAUCAGCAUGUUGGGCGUUGACUUUAGCUUGGAAAAGUUGAGUAGAGCAUAUAGAAGGAAGAAAAAGUCAUCUAGCUGUAUAGCCAAACCAUACCAUCAACAAAAAAGAAAAAGAUCUGUAAGGAAGAUCUCCUCAAGAUUAUUGUCAUCAUCAAUACCAUGCUCUAGUUACAAGUAUACAUAAUGCAUGCAUAAAGGACAGAUGAACUAAUUUAUGGGAGUGGGGUCUGUCUUUAUUUUUGUACCCUCUCUGUAGUUGUAGUUGUAGUUGUAGUUGUGUGCUGGACCACACACAGUACAAUAUAUAUAGCAUAACAAAACAGUUACUAGUAACUCUUGUUAUAUUGUUAAUUUACCUUUUUUUUUCAAAAAUUUAUUAUAUAUAAUAUUGUUUA